AGCGACCCUCCGAAUCGGAUGAGCUACAGACCAUCCAGGAGCACAGUGGAGCGGCUUCAGAGUGCGGGUCGGAAACUCCCGAACAGGAACUAGAUUAGGCUAGCUUUUUUUUUCUCCCUCUCCUCUCUUUUCUCUUCUCCUUACUCUAUCUUUCAGUCUCUCAUUUAAGAGAGCGACAAGAACCCCAAAUUUGACAAAUACAAAUAUACCAACAACUACAGCUACUACUAUGGCAUCUGCAAGCAGCUCCGCACAGGCCGCCUUUGGGCUUGGCCGCAGGAAGAAGAACCCCGGCCUUUUGGAUCAGAUCGGAAAGUUCUUCGGAGGGGACAAAAAGAGGAAGAGCAAGGGAUCUUUCCGGGGUGCUCUCUCUCCAGGCCCUCAGAAAGCAUCUGCGACCUCCCCUCGUAAGCGUGGAGCCGAAAACGCUGUGGUCCAUUUCUUCCGCACGAUUGUGUCCCCUGCCCCUCCUAAGUCCAGGUGGACAGGACUAGCAGCCAAGAUGGGCCUGGGUACCCAGAAGUCACAGUCUAAAGCCAAGAAGGCCAGUGCAGGGGACGGAAAAGGCUCCCUCACUAGGAUCUUCAAAAUGUGAUGAUAGCAGCAGCAGAGGAAGCAGGAGCGCUUCUCCAGCCAAACGCUGAGGUCCCUCUCCACUCGACACCCCCUUCCAACAGCUCGAGGGCAGACGUUCAAGAACACGGAACUAACGUGGGGGAGAAAAGAAAAAAUAAAGAGGAGGAAAAGGAGGAAACCUUGUCACCCGCUUACACUCGACCUCCCCUCCACCUCUGAUAACACUUUAAUGUUUCGCUAAAUCCCUCGCCUAUCCUUACCCCCUCCCCCCUCCACUCGCCUUGGCUGGUCGAUAGCGACACAAUCUGUUGCCCCCCUCCCCCGCAACCCUCCCUGCAUGCGUUGCGCUGAGUAGUCGUCAUCAUCACCGCCUUGAACUGUUUGCUGAAGUUGACCCUGAAGCCGCUCACAUGUGCAGCCUGAAUGACCCCCGCCGUGGCUCUCUCCACCUGAUACGUGUGCUGCUUGAGUUUCUGUGGACGUCUCACAUAGUUUCUCUAAAAUUAAAAUAAAGGUGGCUGAACUGAAGCACACCCGGAGCAGUUGAAAGCUGAGGCCGGUGCAAGUCCGACUGACUUGACCGUCAUUGCCGCUCGUUGACUCGGAUGAAAAGGCCGGGUGGUUUCUGUUUUUAGUAAAGAGCGAUUUUCUGUCUUGUCGCGCUGUCAUUCGUCAAACGUCUCAAACCUUGUGUUUGAUUCUUUUCUAAUAAUAUAUGUAACAGUUUUCACAUUGUCAUGAGAGCCAUUGUCUGUUUUCUUUCCACCCUCGUGUCUUUAGCUGUCGCUAAGUGUCCUGUCUUGAAUGUCAUGUCGAUCUUUGUUUGUCGUUACGGCUGGCUUUGGGUUUUUUGUAGUGAAAGAUACACUUCUUAACUUUCUAAAAUCAAGAUCCUGUAGUAGCCGCCGUAAGCAGUAGAUCAAAUAUUUGUUUCUAAUGCGUCGUUUCUUUUUCAGUCCACGAGAUAAUGAUUUACCUUCCUUUCCACAUGUAGAACUAAAGAAUUUAGUAGUCAACUAUUUUCCAUUUUUCAAACUUUCCGACUCUUCCAUCUCUGCUUUAGUCUUCUACAUGUUUGUAAGCACAGCACAAGUGCCUUUUCCUCCUGACUACCAAAAAACAAUGUGCUGUGUCUCCUCUUUGUGGAUAAUUAUAGAAACAACACAAUUUCAAGAAGGUGCUCUGUAACUAACUCUGUAUUGACACCUUAUUAAGUGUUGACUUGAAAACGUGCACGUUGUCUGACAGCACUGUACCACUCGUGCUGUUCCAAACAUCCCCUCUUUCCCGACGCAGGCCUGUGUGUGAAGUGUGGCGUCCGCCUCUCCUUCAGUUUGUGCGUGCUUGAGCCUCAUUGAGUGCUGUGUAGUGUUUGUUACUCCCCCCAGUGAACGAAUGUAAAGAUCCUCCUCAUUAUUGUAUGUGUAAUAAAACAUGACCAGCCCCUUAACUGAGAAUGAAAAAUAAAUAAAAAUGAUAAAACCAACUCUA